AUGUCUUCCUUCCUUGAGCACUCGUACUCGAUCGUUCACCUUGAUAAUGCCGCAGACCAGCCAUCGAUUCAGCAGCUACAACAGCAGCUGGAAAAGGGUACCGAUGAAUCCAAGGUGGAAACUAUGCGUCGGAUUCUCACCAUCAUGUUGAAUGGCGAUCCCAUGCCGCAACUCUUGAUGCACAUUAUCCGAUUUGUCAUGCCCAGCAAGUCAAAACCACUCAAGAAAUUGCUAUACUUCUACUACGAAAUUUGCCCGAAACAUGAUGCAGGUGGGAAGCUCAAGCAGGAGAUGAUAUUGGUGUGCAAUGGUAUCCGAAACGACCUUCUCCAUCCUAAUGAAUUCAUCCGUGGUGCAACACUGCGUUUCCUUUGCAAAGUCAAAGAGCCCGAGCUUAUCGAACCAUUGGUCCCCUCUGCCCGUCAAUGCCUCGAACAUCGUCAUGCCUAUGUCCGCAAGAAUGCCGUUCUGGCUAUCCAAUCAGUAUAUCUUCACUCGGAACAUCUGAUACCUGAUGCCCCCGAACUUAUCCAAACGUUCCUGCAAACUGAGAGUGACAAUACUUGCAGGAGGAACGCUUUUGCUUCUCUAAGUGCGAUCUCACAUGCAAAAGCUUUAGAAUACCUUAAUUCCGUUUUCGAUGAUAUUGCCAAUACAGAUGAGCUGACGCAACUCGUGCUCAUUGAGUUCACUAGAAAGGAUGCCAUACUUAACUCAGGAAACAAGGCAAGAUAUCUAAGAUUGAUUUUCGAUCUGCUCGAGGCAUCCUCAAAUACUGUCGUAUACGAAGCUGCAACCUCCCUAACAGCUUUAACAAGUAAUCCGGUUGCAAUUAAGGCUGCUGCUGGGAAAUUUAUCGAGCUCAGUAUCAAAGUUUCUGACAAUAAUGUCAAGCUUAUAGUUCUCGAUAAAGUAGAUCAGCUUCGUAAGAAGAAUGAUGGUGUGCUUGAUGAUCUAGUCAUGGAAGUACUACGGGUCCUGUCCAGUCCUGAUAUCGAUGUGCGGAAAAAAGCUCUCGAUAUCGCAAUGGACAUGGCGUCAAGCAAAAACGUAGAAGAGGUGGUAAUGCUGCUCAAGAGCCAACUUGCUAAAACCGUGGAUCAAGAUUAUGAAAAGAACAACGAAUAUAGGCAACUUUUGAUUCACGCCAUCCAUACAUGCGCCAUCAAAUUUUCUGAGGUUGCCGCGAGUGUUGUUGGGCUGCUUAUGGACUUCAUUAGCGACUUCAACAACUCUUCUGCAGUAGAUGUUAUUGCAUUUGUUAAAGAAGUUGUCGAGAAAUUCCCUGCAUUGCGUUCAUCUAUCAUCGAGCGCCUCAUGGGCACUUUAGGUGAAGUGAGAGCCGGAAAGGUCUAUAGAGGAGCAUUAUGGAUUGUCGGAGAGUACUGUGUUGAGCAGAAAGAUAUCCGGGAGGCGUGGAAGCGGAUCCGUGCCAGUCUUGGUGAAAUACCAAUCCUUGCGUCGGAACAGCGUCUACUAGAUGAGCAACCCGAAGACGAUGCAGAGCAAGUUGGUGAAGGUUCAAAACCGGCAGUGCCAUCAGGAUCACGCAAAGUGCUUGCAGAUGGUACAUAUGCAACUGAAAGCGCCCUGACAAGCGAGUCUGCGAGUGCUGCCAAACUUGAAGCUGUCAAGGCCGCUCAGAAGCCACCUCUACGCUCACUCAUCCUUGACGGCGACUUUUUCUUGGCUUCUGUACUUUCAUCUACUCUCACAAAGCUUGUCAUGCGCCACUCGGAGAUCUCCUCUGACGCCUCUCGCACCAAUGCCUUGAAAGCCGAGGCUAUGCUGAUCAUGAUUAGUAUCAUUCGUGUUGGUCAGAGUGAAUUUGUGAAAGCGAAGAUUGACGAGGACAGCGUGGACAGAAUCAUGUCCUGUGUGCGUUCGUUGGCGGAGUUUGAGACAAAGAAGGAGAUUGAGAAGGUCUUCUUGGAAGACACCAGAAAGGCAUUUAGGGUUAUGGUGGCUGCCGAGGAAAAGAAGAGGAUCGCAAAGGAGGAGCUUGAGAAGGGAAAGAACAUGAUUCAAGUCGAUGAUGUUCUUGCUAUUAGACAAUUGAGCAAGAAGUCGGCGGCUAACGGAGCCGAUAUAGUCGAGCAGGAUCUGGAAAAGGCUACAGGGGCCGAUGCUAGUGUCGAGGACCUUUCCUCGAAGCUUAGUCGCGUUGUGCAGCUCACCGGAUUUUCCGACCCAGUAUAUGCUGAGGCAUAUGUUAAGGUUCACCAGUUCGACAUCAUUCUUGACGUUCUACUUGUCAACCAAACCACCGAAACCUUGCAAAACCUCUCGGUCGAAUUCGCCACAUUAGGAGAUUUGAAGGUUGUUGAAAGACCAACUACCCAGAAUCUUGGCCCUCACUCAUUCCAGUCUGUCCAAGCAACAAUUAAGGUCUCCUCCACAGACACCGCAGUAAUCUUCGGUAACGUCGUCUACGACGGACCGUCAUCCACCGAGACCAACGUGGUCAUCUUAAACGAUGUACAUGUCGACAUCAUGGACUACAUUCAGCCGGCUUACUGCAGCGAGACCCAAUUCCGAACCAUGUGGACCGAGUUUGAAUGGGAGAAUAAGGUCAACAUCAAUUCGAAGGCCAAGACACUGAGAGACUUCCUUGACCAAUUGAUGAAGAGUACGAACAUGGCUUGCUUGACCCCCGAAGCAAGCUUAAAGGGGGACUGCCAAUUCCUGAGCGCAAAUCUUUACGCAAGAUCUGUCUUUGGUGAGGAUGCACUAGCAAACCUCAGCAUCGAAAAAGAAGGUGACGAUGGCCCGGUAAUAGGCUUCGUCCGCAUCCGAAGUAGGUCCCAAGGCCUCGCGCUCAGCCUCGGUUCGUUGAAGGGCCUGCAAAAAUAA